CAGACUGACUUGAACGCGGAUGAUGUGAGACGAGUCGCCCACCCCGCUGUCAUUCGCUGCCUCUCGCUCUCACUCGCUCUCUCGCCCACCCCGCUCUACUUGUCUUUCUCUUCUUCCACUUGAGCUCGGGCGAGCGAGCAAAGCAGACCGCCGAGCGCUCCAGCGUCCCAAACGCUUUUGCUGCAAAGCUCUCCGAGGAUUAUUCGCUUCCCGAUUAUGCCGUGUACGGAGGGGAGCGGAAGAAACCCCAAACUGGCGCAACUAUGCACCACCCGCUCUUUCGCGACUCUCGUUUAUGACUAUUAUCAGCCUUUUUCUUGUGUUUGCUUUUCGUCCGGAUGCAAAACACCUGACAAGCACCCACCGAAUGUCGUCUUAAAGAUGACUCCAUGAACCAGCAAUGGAGACCAAAAGAUACCAAAGUCUCUUUGAGGGGAGCGAUACCGACAACAGGUGGUCCCAGAUCGCCGCUAGCAUGGAGUACUGCCUGGCCGGCGACGCCAAAGGGGGCGAGAAGACGGAGCAACCGCCGCUUCGCCCCGGGCCGAACCAGCACUUUGCUGUGCCGCACACGGGCAAACCGGAAAUGGACUCUAAGGAGCUUUCCAAAACCGUGGCGGAGUCCAUGGGGCUUUACAUGAACGCUGCUCGGGAGGCGGACUUUGCCUUUAGCCAGCAUGGGAAGUCUCAGUACCCGGUAUGCGGGCGACCUCUGGAGGAAAACCGGCGCUGCUCGGAAAAGAGCCCUAAACUGGAAGGGUUCGCGUUCCAGCAAGGAGACGGCGCUUCCAUGCUAGCCUCGUCGCUAACCGGCAGCCCCCAAACUCCCAGCCCGGGGGGCGGUAACAACAUGGUGUCCUCCACCACCACAAGCCCUCCGGCGGGUUUCGGCCCAGUGUGCUCGCCCCUCGGCCUGGCCGCGGUCAGGCGCCGGAAUUCUUCAGCGUGCAGCCCCGUGGACUCCAGCACGGUGGGCUCGCCGCCCCUCAUGAGGUCCCCCAUGUCCAGCCCGAGGAGUAUGACCAGUGUCCGGUCCCCGCCGUCCUGCAGCGUCAGGUCGUCCGUCUCCAGCCCCAACGCGGUUCGGCCCCCCGCCUCCAGUCCGGCCGCGGCCAGCCCGCAGAACCCACCCUCGGGAGUUUUCCCGGGGUCCAGCCCGGCCGACGAACUGGGUUUAGUGCGGGGCGACGCCCGCAGCCCCGACGCCACGGGACUUACCGGCGAGCCGGACUUCAAACCUUUUGACUUCCCCAAAGUGGAGACGGCGGACGGGGAAGUGUUUAACGUAGGUUUGGACCAGAUGGGCAUGGUCAAAUACAUCAAGAACGAGCCGGGGACCGAUUUCCGGAGCAUGUGCUUGGGGGGGUCCAAGUGCAACGCCACGGCCGCGCCGUUUAUCACGCAAAUUAAAAACGAACCGGACAAAAACGACGGUUGCAUGAACCCGCAGUCCUACAGCGACCGUUCGCCGCCGCUCGGUCUCUUCCCGGCGUCCGAGACUACCUACUUGUCCUUGAGGAAUAACAUCGACGAAUACAGUCUCUCGGGAAUCCUGGGCCCCCCGGUGUCGCUCAACGGGAACUACGACCCCGACGUUUUCGCAAACAACGUCCUGUCCAAAGGGGUGAAACAAGAAUCCGGCGACGGCGGUUUUUACCAGGAAAGCAACGGCGUUCCCACCUCGGCUAUCGUCGGAGUUAAUUCCAGCGGACACUCAUUCCAUUACCAGAUCGGCACGCAGGGGACGAUGUCCUUCGCGAGGCACGACGUCAGAGACCAGUCCAACCCUUUGUUGAAUCUAAUCUCGCCCGUGGCGGCGUUAAUGGAGUCGUGGAAGUCGCGGCCGGGCAUGCUGCAGGGGUCGCUGUCGGGCCGGGGCGACGGAUACCCGGGUCAGAACUGCAUCGGGGACGGCAUGACCAGCUCGCCACUCAGGCAGCCUUCGUCGACGGCCAAGGUGUGCCUAGUAUGCGGGGACGAAGCGUCGGGCUGCCACUACGGCGUGGUGACGUGCGGCAGCUGCAAGGUCUUCUUCAAAAGAGCUGUGGAAGGUCAGCAUAACUACCUUUGCGCCGGGAGGAACGACUGCAUCAUCGACAAGAUCCGACGGAAAAACUGCCCGGCGUGCCGCGUACGAAAGUGCCUCCAAGCCGGGAUGAACCUCGGAGCUCGCAAAUCCAAGAAGUUGGGCAAGCUAAAGGGCGUCGGCGAGGACCCGCAAGCUGGCAAGGAGAGCCAGGCGGCGCCCGGCGCGGACUUCCUGUCGUCAGAGAAGGAGCUAAACGCCAGCGGCGGCGUAGUCGCCCUGGCGCCCCGCGGGCCCGGAGCGGUCACACCUUUCCUGCCGCCGUCCAUCUGCAGCGUGCUGGAGCUGAUCGAGCCCGAGGUGGUGUAUUCGGGCUUCGACAGCUCGCUGCCCGAUACCGCCGACCACCUGCUGUCCAGCCUCAACUGCCUGGCCGGCAAGCAGAUGGUGCGCUUGGUCAAGUGGGCCAAAGUACUUCCAGGUUUUCGAGGCCUGCCCAUCGAGGACCAAAUUACGCUGAUCCAGUACUCCUGGAUGUGUCUGUCCUCCUUUUGCCUCAGCUGGCGCUCCUACAAACACACCAACGGACAGAUGCUCUACUUCGCUCCUGAUCUCAUCUUCAACGAAGACCGCAUGCAGCAAUCGGCCAUGUACGACCUGUGUCUAGGCAUGAGGCAAGUCAGCCAGGAAUUUGUUCGACUGCAGCUCACCUACGACGAGUUCCUCUCCAUGAAGGUUUUGCUGCUUCUCAGCACAAUUCCCAAAGAGGGUCUGAAGAACCAGGCGGCGUUCGAGGAGAUGCGAGUUAAUUACAUCAAGGAGCUCCGGCGCUCAGUGGGCAAGGCCACCAACAACUCGGGCCAAACCUGGCAGCGCUUCUUCCAGCUCACCAAGCUACUGGACGCCAUGCACGACCUGGUGGCCAACCUGCUGGACUUCUGCUUCUACACCUUCCGCGAGUCGCAAGCCUUGAAGGUGGAGUUCCCCGACAUGCUGGUGGAGAUCAUCAGUGACCAGAUACCAAAGGUGGAGUCGGGCCUCACCCACACCAUCUACUUCCACAAGAAGUGACACGAGGGGCGGCAAAAAAGAAAAACCUGAAAACUUUUGAAAAACGCUGCCGAGAACCCGGACGCGAGAACCAAUGCAAGGCUGGGGAAGCCGGCUAGCGCCUGUAGCGCGCCGCAAGAACGCGCCAAAAGCGGGUCGGCGUCGGGAAGCGGUCUUUCUAAUCCUCGUGCACCCCAAAGACGCUAUGUUUUCAACGGAGGUAAAGCCAUACAUUUUCCUAGGAAUCCCGAGGACAAGAAAAUCCCUCAAAAUGAAAAAAAUUCACAUACAGUAAAUGGAUAUACGCCAAUAGUUUAGACGUUGCUUUGCCGCAUAUCUCCAGCAGGACUACAAACCGACGACAUCGCGCAUGAAUAUGAGGUCAAAGGUCAAGUGGGAUGUUUUCCAAGGGCUACAUAUUUAUCGACGUGAGCUCACUAUGAAAUUCAAUUGGUGAAAAAAAGGACGGAGAGCAAAAUGAGUCCUACCUGAAGGAAUUUUCAUGCGAUAAGUUGAAUGUGGAAGUGGCAUGACAAAGUGGCAAAAUACGCAAAUAAAUAGAAAUUAGUUGUCCGGUCUUAUCAAAAUCACAUCAUUCAUACAUGAAACAAAUCAAAUGUUAUGGGGCACAAAGGUUGUAUACAGUUUUGCCAAAACUGUAUGGUUUGACCAAAAUUUACCAAAAACUUUCCCAUUCAUUUCUAAUGGCCAAAAUUUAGAUCCAAACCUGCACGAAUCUUCAUUGGCAUAUCCAAAAAUUAUAAAAAUAAUUAAUGAAUUAUUGAUAACUAACCUAAUCACUAAACCCAAAGGUUCUUGAAUAAAGAAUUGGAACGUAGGCCCUAAACCCAAAUGGUUCUGGGUAGUGCCUAACCUCAAACAGUUGGGGGGCACUGCUCUAAGCACAACCGUUCGGAACCCACGUCAAAACUCAACAUUUUUGAAGUACACUUCUAAACCAAACCCUUGUGUUUAUUUGAAAAAGAAUUGGAACGUGUGCCCUAAACCCAAAUGGUUCUGGGUAGUGCCUUACCUCAACCAGUGGGUGUGCUGCUCUGGUCACAACCGUUUGGAACCCGCGUCAAAACCCAACCCGUUUGAGCUUUUGGAAAAAGAACUGGACCGAUAGCCCUAAACCCAAAAAUUCAGAAUAAUGCCUGACCUCAACCAAUAGGGGGCAAAGCUAGAAUCCUGACGGUUUGGGAGACUAGGCCCUAACCAUAAAACACUUUACAACCAUGCUUAACCUUAACAGCUAGGUGGGCGUACGAAAGAGGGAGAGGAUUAAAUAAGAACCCCCUACCCUCUCCUUUACCCUAAACUCAGCAAUACGGAGGACUCGAUAAUAAAACGAGAAGAUGGAAGAACUAAAACCAGAACUAAACAAGAACUCUGAAAAUCGGUUUGAAAGAAGCUAAACAAUUCAAAUGGAUUAUACGGACGAAACAAAUAAUAUAGUGGUAAAAACAAAUAAGUCCCGAUCCUGGAAGAAGUACCGCACUCAUUGACCGGUAUCGCAAACAGAAGCGAGGAGUCGGUGACGGGCGUUGGCCUUUGCCUUGCCUUUAACUUUCCUUAACCAGCCAGUUGACGGAGGAACCGGGGCUUUCUUAUCGAGAUAAAGUUCACCUAAACCCAAAAUCAACGGGAAGUGACCGAUUAACAGGAAAUGACCCAGAAAUGCCCCAAAAUCAACAGAAAGUGACACGAAAUCAACAGGAACUGGACCACAAAAUACCCCUAAAUAUACAGGAAGUGACCCUUGAAAGUCUCAAAAUCAAGAAGAAGUGACCCAAAAAAAUGCCGCAGAUUCAACCAGAAGUGAGCCGAUGUACCAACAAUAACAGCAAAGCUAAAAUCGCAAUUAUAUGCGGUCGUGGACUUAACGAAUUAUGGCUAAUUGUAUUGUGAUGCCCCACUGGAUGCUUUACCAAUGUUAAUGAAUACUCACAUAACAAAUCCCAAGCAUCUUUGUUUGGAGAUAUCUAAUGGUCAAUAAGAAUAACUGCUGUUCUAAGCUAUGACCAGCCCUUGUACAAAGGCUUCCACAUUCACUUUGAAGGCGACAUGCAUAUUGAUCCAAAAUCGAUAAUGUAAAACCCGAUGUCGAUAUUAUCCAGUCUGAUUUUUAAAAUAAAUAAAAGCCGAUAUAUCGGCUGAUAAAACGGUCAAUGAACCCCACAUAUCGCCCAACUGAUCAUAUUGGCCCAUAAAAACUGAUAUAUCGGUCGAUAUCUUCCGAUAUUGGUCAGCAAAGCCCACAUAUCGGCCAACUGAUCAUAUUGGUUGAUAAAAACUGAUAUAUUGGCCGAUAUCUCAGCCGACAAGGCGAUAUGUUGGCCGAUAUAUCGGUCGAUAUCUUCUGAUAUCGGUCAACAAAGCCACAUAUCGGCCAACUGAUCAUAUUGGCCGAUAAAAAACAAUAUAUUGGCCGAUAUAUCAGCAGAUGAAGCCGAUAUAUCCGUCGAUAUCUUCCGAUAUUGGUGAGCAAAGCCCACAUAUUGGCCAACUGAUCAUAUUUGCCGUUAAAAAACGAUAUAUAAGCAGAUGAAGCCGAUAUAUCCGUCGAUAUCUUCCGAUAUUGGUGAGCAAAGCCCACAUAUUGGCCAACUGAUCAUAUUGGCCGAUAAAAACCGUUAUAUUGGCCGAUAUAUCAGCAGAUAAAGCCGAUAAAUCCGUCGAUAUCUUCCGAUAUUGGUGAGCAAAGCCCACAUAUUAGCCAACUGAUCAUAUUUGCCGAUAAAAAACCAUAUAUUGGCCGAUAUAUCAGCAGAUGUAGCCGAUAUAUCCGUCGAUAUCUUCCGAUAUUGGUGAGCAAAGCCCACAUAUUGGCCAACUGAUCAUAUUGGCCGAUAAAAACCGACAUAUUGGCCGAUAUAUCAGCAGAUAAAGCCGAUAAAUCCGUCGAUAUCUUCCGAUAUUGGUGAGCAAAGCCCACAUAUUAGCCAACUGAUCAUAUUUGCCGAUAAAAAAACAUAUAUUGGCCGAUAUAUCCGCAGAUAAAGCCGAUAAAUCCGUCGAUAUCUUCCGAUAUUGGUGAGCAAAGCCCACAUAUUAGCCAACUGAUCAUAUUUGCCGAUAAAAAAAACAUAUAUUGGCCGAUAUAUCCGCAGAUAAAGCCGAUAAAUCCGUCGAUAUCUUCCGAUAUUGGUGAGCAAAGCCCACAUAUUGGCCAACUGAUCAUAUUUGCCUUUAAAAACCGAAAUAUUGGCCGAUAUAUCAGCAGAUAAAGCCGAUAUAUCGGUCGAUAUCUUCUGCUAUUGGGCAGCAAAGCCCACAUAUUGGCCAACUGAUCAUAUUUGCCGUUAAAAACCGACAUAUUGGCCGAUAAGCCGAUAUAUCGGCUGAUAUCUUCCGAUAUCUCAGCCGAUAUAUCGACUGAUAUCUUCCGAUAUCUCAGCCGAAUAGGCAAUAUGUCGGCCGAUAUAUCGGUCGAUAUCUUCUGAUAUCGGUCAACAAAGCCCACAUAUCGGCCAACUGAUCAUAUUGGCCGAUACAUCGGCUGAUAUCUUCCGAUAAAUCAGCUAAUAAGCCGAUAUAUAGGCCGAUAUAUCAGCCACAUAUUGACCAACUGAUUAUAUCGACCGAUAAAAGCAGAUACAUUGGACUAUAUACUGGUCGAUAUUGGCCGAUAUUUACCAAUAAAGGCCACACAUCGGCCAACUGAUAAUAUCAAACGAUAAUAGCCGCUAUAUCGGCUACACAAAAAUAUCGGACAACUCUAGUUGAAGCACGAUAACGUCACAUAAGUUUUUCUUUUGUCACUUUGUCUCAUUUCCACAUCAAAAUGAUUCUCUUGAAACCACGAAUAUUCUGUUUGGGUAUGAAUAAUUUUGUCCCGACAUGCAAUGAAACAAUCCAAACUAAUAUGCAAACAACUAACCGAGUCACUAUUGCGGGUGUAUAAUCAAGACAAUAUUCUUGAGGGAUUCAUUUUGGGUAAGAAAGAAAAAAAUGGCGCUAACGGAAGGGAAGGCUACGCGACGCGCUAACGUUUGUGCAGCUUGUCCUAUUUGACGUCUGUUUUGCCUCACGAGCAAAGGCAGCAAAGUCACUUUGUCACCCGGAAGUCCAACUAUUAAUAAAGCAUUUUUAGAAGA